AUGCUUUCUUCGUGCUGGGACUCAUCCGUUCAUGCUCUGCUCUUCCUAACCCUCCUCCUGACGUUGGUUCCUGACGCCUCCGCAGGUAUCGCAGAGUAUCGCCCCAUCAGCAGAUCUUGCGGCGCCCCUCCGCCGACCGAAGAGCUGCUCGCCACGCAUCAAUUUCUGCAAGAAAACGAGCCCCUGGAAAAUGAGCUCUGGAACAUCUCCUCCAUCGAGUACCGACACUCCUCAAGCCUCUCACGCCGCCAGGCGCUUGUGCCGCUCUUCAUCAUCGACACGUACAUGCACAUCAUCUCGGACACCGCGACAUCCUCCCUCAGCAAUCACAACUAUAUAACCGACAGCAUGAUCCAGGACCAGUUCGAGUAUCUCGCGGAUGCAUACACCAACGCCAGCAUCGGGUACAGGUUGGCCGGCGUGACCAGAGUCACUAACGACACAUGGGCGUCCAACGGCGAUGAUCUGGCCAUGAAGAGGGCCCUCCGGCGCGGCACAUAUUCCAGCUUGAACAUCUACUAUCAAUCCCUCCUCCAGGCCGGCGCAAACACGCCCGGCGUCCCCACUGGGUCCACGUUGUUGGGGUUCUGCUCCCUCCCGGCGUCGGGCGUCACUUCUGCCACCCGCGCGGACCAGUACGUCGUCGAUGGCUGCAACGUGCUCAGCGGGACCAUGCCGGGAGGGAACAUGCAGGGGUAUAACCUCGGCGGCACCACUGCGCAUGAAGUCGGGCAUUGGAACGGCCUCCUCCAUCCGUUCACGGGGAAUAGUUGCGCCGCAGACGAUUGGGGCGACUAUGUCGCGGACACGCCGCAGGAGAUGACGAGUACGAAUGGCUGUCCCGUGUAUAAAGACUCGUGUCCCAACUCUGGCAUCUCCGCCACCGCGUAUACCGGGCUCGCUAGCCAGGGGGAUAAUCCGUACGGACCCCAGGGAUAUGCGGGCGUCGACCCGAUCCACAACUUCAUGGAUUAUUCUAGCGAUGCGUGUUAUCUGGGGUUUACGCCGGGGCAGGGGGCCAGGAUGUUGAAUGUGUGGAAUAUAUAUCGCGCGGGACGGUGA